UGCUGGAAUGUCUGGACUUGUUGCCAUUAAAGAAUGCCUUAAUGAAGGGUUCAAGGUCACAUGCUACGAACUGGACUCGGACGUAGGUGGUAUCUGGAGUGAUAAACGAAACGUUAAACACCCAAACACCCCACAAAUAUGGGAGAAUCUCAUAACAAACUCCAGUAAAUAUUUGACAACUUUCAGCGACUAUCCACCCUUAGCAGAAGACACACCGUUUCUUCGUGGUCAAAUUUGCAAGACACGUGACCACAAGAAAACUGGCCAAUGGGAGGUGUUUUCAUGUCCUACUAGCCGGUGUAGUUCUGAUGACGUCAGUACUGAAAGUAAAUCUAAAAUCAUAGAUUUGCAAAAAUGCAAACAACGGAUGUUUGAUUUCGUACUAAUUUGUAAUGGAUUUUUUAAAAUUCCAGUGUACCCAUCCAUCCCAGGUCUGGAAACGUUUGCAGGGACUGUUCAACAUUCUUUUCACUACACAGACGGCUCUCAAUUUAAGAACAAAAAUGUUCUUGUUGUAGGCAAUUCAUUUUCAGCGGGAGACAUCAGCUUUGAUAUUUCUACUCAAGCAAAACAGGUGCACAUAUCACUGCGUCAGGGUACCUGGAUAGUACCUCGAAUACUCUCAGGUGGCAGGCCAUUGGAUAUCUGCAAGAGACGAUGCGACAUUUACUCGUGGAAUCCUGAGAAAAUUAUCAACACAAUCUUAAUCUCUGAGGCACAAAACAAGAUAGACCAUGUGACUAGUGGUAUCUGCCCAGACCAGCCUCCAUCUCUUUCUUCAUGGAUGACUGCCUUGAUGUCGGGUCAAAUAAAAACUUACGGUCAUCUUGCAAGAAUCGAUGGGUGCGAUGCUGUUUUCCAGGAUGGGACACGAGUGACGGGCCUUGAUGCGAUUGUUCUAUGCACUGGUUAUGAGCCGGAGUACUCUUUCCUUGAUCAGGAUUUGCUACAAGAAUUUGAUAAAAUGGGGCUUUAUAAAAUGGUGUUUCCGAUCGAUGAAGAGAAACACACAUUGGGAUUUAUCGGAGCUUUUGGAGGAUUUUCCUCUAUUGUACCCAUGAGUGAGUUACAGCUGCCGUGUCUAGAAUUCCAAGACACAAUAGCCAAGCUUCUGGGUGUAUUCCCUGGUUUCUGGAGACUGCUCAUCGUUGACCCAGUUCUGGCCUUCAGAUGCUGGUAUGGUCCUAUGUUCUCAGCACAGUAUCGUCUGCUUGGACCAGACAGCAACUGGAACCAAGCACGUGACAUCUGUUACACAGCUUACACAGAGGAAAAACCUAUGAUUGACUCGUAUAUCAGAUAUAAAGAUUAUAUCAUUAUCCUCAUAUAG